AUGAUGGAGCGUCCCAUGGAGAGGCCCACGGCCUUGGAAUAUCAGCAUAUUGAAGCGCUGGAGAAGCUGAAAGUUGGCCUCAUGGAUGACUUGCGCUUGUUGCGAAAGGAAAUGGCCAAGCUGACAUCACAAGUUCUGGAGAUUCAGAACCAAGCCCAGUCGCUGAUGGGAACGUUUGUUGGCGGCACCGCAUCCCUCAACCCCGCAAUAGCAUCACCGCCUCAAGCAGAUGGAAACUCAAGAAAACAAGAUGGGGAAUCGUUGCCUACAUGUCGAUCUCCGGUCAGACGUGUGAGCGAAGGGGAGACGGAACAUCCUGGCAAGUCUUACGCAGACCUGUCAUAUCCGCCAUUCGGUACCCUGUUUCUCCCUUUGCCGGAUCCUUUGGAAGAUGCACCAAACCAAGCACCGGUACAGACACAGGAGAUCUUGCAGGGGACUGUACAACCCGCAGGUGAAGCUGAACCAACGCUCAAUCCCCAGAACACCCGAAAAAUUGGUGACACAGGUACCGGUACUUCGAUCAGUACCGCCAGCGCCAAAGAUACCGGUAGUGGCUCCUCCCAUCAAGGACCUCCGUUGUGUCUGAUUCAAAAUGACAAUAACGAUGGAGACACAGGUACCCCGGUUAGGGGUGAACAAGAAGGAGUUGUGGCUGCAGCAGGGGAGAGCAAACAAAACAACAUCCAGAAUCAGGCUGUGGGAACACCCCUCCCGACCAGACAGAAUCAACCAAACUCGGACACCAACAAGCAAACAUCUGAUGAAUGUUCUUGCACGGACCAAUUCGAGCCAAUACCAAUCUGCAUGGAUCAAGCGACUCUCGGACCAGGAGGUGCUGAUGAAAACAAGCCUACUGAUCAAGGAUUCGAGCCAAUACCAAUCUGCAUGGAACAAGAGACUCUCGGACCAGGAGGCGCUGAUGAAAACAAGCAUACUGAUGAAGCAGAACAUUCAAAGGAUUCCUAUGAGCCAGUCGCGUUCCACCGAAUAUAUCCGCAAAAGGAAACAGAUACUAGUAUAGAUCAGGGAGGAUCCAGUGCUGCUGCCAUCGUGUCGCCAUCGGAUCCACUCAAAACGAUGCGUCCAUUCACAGUUCUUGACGAUGCAUUGGACGAAUCGUCGCGUGGACGUACCUCGCCUCCCGAAACCACAACAGCGAAGACGGCGACUGGUUGCAAUCCAGACAAAAGCAAAGAAAAGGCCAAAACGUGCACUCCAAAUGUGUUUGACAAGGAGGAAAACGGCGGUAAGAAGGCACUCGGAGAGGGCGAAAGAUCUGAAAACCCGCAGAAGACUGCAGAUGUAUCGACGCCGACCAAGGUGUCGGCAGUGUCGACACCAAAGACACAAGUUGCUACUCCCAAAACGCGAAUCCGACUUCGAAUGCCAGAGAAAGCUACUGCCUGCGAGGAAGGGGGCGCUGACAAAGCUGAUAGGUCGACAGAACGGAUCAGAGAUAUUGUGCCCAACGGUACGACUGAGAAUGAAUCAAGAGCAGAUGCGACCCCCGCUCACCCCAAUAAUAGAAAAACAACAACGGAAGUAGAACAGCAACCCUCCAAGAAGAAGCCGAGUCCAGCCUCAAAACAAGAGAUGCAAAGAAAGGAGGCCAUGAAAAAUCUACUGCAUCGACAAGAGGCUGAGCUAAGGCAACUGCAAGAGCAACACCAACGCGCCAUAGCUGUUCUCGUGCACCAUGCCAAUGGUGAAUCGACAGAAACAGAACGAGAAAAGGAAAUGCGACGGCAAAAGGAGCGCUUCUUGAUGUUCACCAGAGUGCUUAUGAAAUACCUCGAGACCAAAGAUCGAACAUUGCACGGCAAAGUCAAAAAAGUUAUCAAAGAAUGCGCCGAACGAAACAAGCGACAGGAACCAGGAUACGAGUCCGUCACAGCAUCCAUGAGAGAGAGAUUUAAGGAGAUCGUUCCAGAUGAUUACUGGAAACGGGCCGAAUCGUAUCUAGACCACUUUUUGGCCCAAAAACAAAAAAGAGACAAUCAGACCGGAGGUUCAUCUUCGUCGCCUUCUGCCAGACCUGUAACUAACGAACAACGACCCCCUGUCAGAGCUGCAGUAGCCCACCGGACUCCCAAUGGUUCGAAGCAGCUAACGGCAGUCAGGCAAGUCUAUCUCGGGAAGAGAAGGCUCAAUACCCCGGACCGCCAGGACGGGAAAAAGAAAGCCAAAGUUUCGCGGUCUCCCAUUGCUUCGAAGAAGAAGCUACCCGGACGUGCCUCUCGGAAGGGGAGGCCCAAUACCCCCAACCGCCACAACGGGGAAAAGAAAGCCAAUGUUUGGACUCCAAGCUAG